CUCCACUAGACUAGGAUUCUGGUGUGAUCCCGAGAGACACCAUUUCACGGCCAAGCUCAGCUAUUAUAAAUGUUUAGUGUUUCUAGGAGAUAACCUCCUUAGGAAGAAAAGUGUGCUAUUAGAGAACAUGAAAUUCAUCGUUCCAAAAAUAUAUAGUGCUAGUAGCUUCUGAAAGCUCUGUUCGGGUCUUGUUCUUCCUCAUAGGUAACUGUUACCCCAAAGUAGUUUGAGUUUAGGAGUUUGAGGUUUCGGGUGGUCCUAAAAUUGUUUCAGAUAGCAGCCGUCCCCUGGGGAUUUGAUCCUUUAUACUGAAAUAGACUUGUUGCAGAGAUGUGUAUUUAUCCACAGCAUUGGGGGUUUCCAGCUCUCACAGAACCUUCAGCAUCCCCAGCUGGCAGUCUUGGCAUCUUCGAAGUAAGGAGAGUUUUAGAUGCUUCUGGAUGUUCAAUGCUAGCACCUUUACAGACUGGAGCAGCUCGAUUUUCUUCAUAUUUACUUUCAAGAGCAAGAAAAGUGCUGGGCUCCCACUUAUUUUCUCCCUGUGGUGUCCCGGAGUUCUGUUCCAUAUCCACCAGAAAACUGGCGGCCCACGGCUUUGGCGCAUCCAUGGCGGCAAUGGUGCCCUUCCCUCCCCAGAGGUAUCACUACUUUUUAGUGCUGGACUUUGAGGCCACGUGCGACAAGCCACAGAUUCAUCCUCAGGAAAUCAUCGAGUUCCCCAUCCUGAAGCUAAAUGGUCGGACCAUGGAGAUUGAGUCUACCUUUCACAUGUAUGUCCAGCCCGUAGUCCAUCCACAGCUUACUCCCUUCUGUACAGAGCUCACUGGGAUUAUUCAAGCCAUGGUGGAUGGUCAGCCGAGCCUGCAGCAAGUGCUGGAGAGGGUCGAUGAGUGGAUGGCGAAAGAAGGCCUCUUAGAUCCAAACGUCAAGUCAAUUUUUGUCACCUGUGGAGACUGGGACUUGAAAGUCAUGCUCCCAGGCCAGUGCCAGUACUUGGGCUUGCCGGUGGCGGAUUACUUCAAGCAGUGGAUUAAUCUGAAAAAGGCUUACAGCUUCGCCAUGGGCUGCUGGCCCAAGAAUGGACUUCUAGACAUGAACAAGGGCCUCAGCCUUCAACACAUAGGCCGGCCCCACAGCGGCAUUGAUGACUGCAAGAACAUUGCCAACAUCAUGAAGACACUUGCGUAUCAAGGCUUCAUCUUCAAGCAGACAUCAAAGCCGUUCUGAUUGGCCGAGGACGGGAUGGGGCAGGACAGGGUAGCUGCUUGGCCCAGCCCAGAACCCUCCUUUCCCUCACCAGAGGGGAAAAGGGAGAGUGGCACAGCUCUACAUCCAGAGUGUCCCCCAGCCUGCCCUGUGGGCUUGUGCCUUGGGUAAGGGCUUGGCCAAUCGGCCCCUCUGGAGCAGACACUUUGUGCCCCCCACCCCAAUCCCUCAACCUCAGCCCAGUAUUAGCCCCUCCCAUUGUGGGCCUGGGCUAGGGGGACCCAGGCACUCACCGCCUCUUCCCUGGUACACAGGCUUCUGCUGGGGCCACCGAGCCCCCCUGUGCCCCCUCCCAUCUGUAGUGCAUGGUGUGUGGUGCCCCCAGGGCUCCAGGACAGAUCAGGCCCCACCUUGUGUCUACCCCCAUCCCCGCUGUGAACGUGCCACUGAAUAAAGUCGGGGAAACGAG